CAAAGUUAUACAGUUCACUCCUCGCACCCAGAGAUAACCUCGUCACUUAACAAAUCAACCUCAAAAGGAGAGUUUGAAGGCCAUCAUGCCCCUGAGCAACCUUCUCCCCUUCCACAAGAAUGAUAUAUCACCAUCGCAAUCCCAUCCUGGGCCCCCCCAAACUGAACCUAACAAACACCACCCCGAUGGUUCCCACGGUAGGCACCACAUAGAAGCCAUUACACAUGGCCACAAGGGCGCCAGAGUCCGCACAACCAUCAUCUCACACAACUGGCACAACCGCUCCGUAGCCGCACUGGCAGAGUUCGCAGGCACAUUCAUGUUCCUCUUUUUUGCCUUUGGCGGCACCAGCGUUGCCAACAAUAGUAGCCAGGCCAACCAAUCCAAUUCGAACUCAAAUUCCGACGAGAUCGUUCAGGUGCCCGAUACAAGCGUGUUGCUUUACAUUAGCUUGGUGUUUGGGUUCAGUCUGAUGAUCAAUGUGUGGUGUUUCUUUAGAGUCAGUGGGGGAUUGUUUAAUCCUGCUGUAACGCUAGGUCUCUACCUCAUCGGCAGCGUGCGCCUUCCCAGGGCAAUCAUGUGCUUCAUAGCGCAAAUUCUCGCUGGCAUCGCGGCUGCAGGCGUUGUCCACGCCAUUGUGCCAGGUCCUUUGUCCGUAAGCACGACGCUGAGCGCGGGCAUGUCUCCCGCUCGCGGUGUCUUUCUUGAAAUGUUCCUAACCUCCUUACUCGUUUUCACUGUCUUCAUGCUCGCCGCCGAAAAGCACAAGGCGACGUUUCUUGCCCCUGUCGGAAUUGGCAUGGCUCUAUUUAUUGCGGAAAUGCUUGGCGUCUUUUUCACAGGCGGCAGUUUGAAUCCCGCGCGUAGCUUUGGACCUUGUGUCAUCACGGGCGAUUUCCCUAGCUAUCAUUAUAUCUACUGGUUUGGGCCGAUUAUGGGAUCGCUGUUGGCGUGUGGGGUGUACAAGGUUGUGAAGGCUGUGGAUUACGAAACUGUGAAUCCGGGGCAGGACUUUGAUGACCAUGAGGCGGCGGCGUUUCAGUGCCCGGAUUAUCCGAGUAGUCGCGAUCAGGUUCGCAGGCCGAUCGUCGCGAGGCAUCUUAUGCGCCGGGGGACGCUUGAGUCCGAGGAGUCCGAGGGGGAGAAGAAUAUUGAGAGAUUGGAUACGAAUCAGACUCGGGUUUGA